AUGUCUUGUGGCCGGACCGAAGGUGUCAUCAAGAAAAUCAUCCGCGAGAUCGGGCAAGAAUGCACCGCCCAGGGACAGACUGUUUCUGAAACCUUGGUGGCGUUCGUGGUGAAAGCUGUUGUUUUAGAUCCAAGAAAUGACUUUAAUGUGGAUCAAAUCCUUACCAAAAAAGAUGUGGAAAAUCUUAUCCAGCUCUGUGUUACCAGGCUGCUUGACACAACAAACCCUUCCCUGACCACAAUUCGGAUGCAAGUUUACUUUGAUAUGAACUAUGCAAACCGAGCUGAAUUACUCAGCGAACAGCACCGUGUUCUGGAGGGAAGGCUGGCUCCUGUGGUCAGAGACAUCACAGAGAGCCGUCCUCGUGUGCAACAAGAAAUGGAGAAAGUGUAUCGCAAGAUCAUUAGCUACGUGCUGCUCAGCUCUGGCCUGGGGUCCCCAACAGAUAUUGAGGUUGUCAGGGAGGUAACAGCUGCCCUGCAGAGUGUAUUCCCCCAGGCAGAGAUGAUUACUUUCAUCUCACUCAGUAAGAAGAAGAAAGAGCAACAGCUGAAAAACCUUGCCAUGCUAGUCACAGGAAUUCGGUUGUACAACAAGGAAUGCAGGAAAGGAGGAAGUGGCAUUGAUGACUUGCCAGCCAUUUUGAAUGAAGCCAUUCCAUCAGCUACACAGACUGUUGAUGAAGGUCUUAGUACUUGCCAUACGCUAGCCCACCGGUACACAGCUCUGCUGGAAUCCAUGCAGGAAGACCAACACAGAUAUACACAGCUUAGUUCUUUUAAAUUGAAAGAAGCACUGUUCAAUGUGAGACAAUAUGAGGCCUUCCUUUGCAUCCUUCUGUCUGAUGCAAUUACAAGCGCUCAAGAAGUUGAAAAGAUGAAUGUGCAGUUUGCAGCAACAAUGCAGCAGUUGAAAAACACGGUGCAGAAUAAGGUUUCCGUAGAUACCAAAGAAGUGUUUCCUCUCUUUGUUGCACUUUCUAACCUCUGGAGUGGCUUUCAGGAUGAGAUACUACUGCUGAGCUUCCUCACAAAUAUGACUAACAGUCUCCAACAGUUCUCGGAAAUCCAGUCACAGCUUUUUCCUGAGGAAGUCCUAGCAUCUCUUCUGGAAGGAGUGACUGUGAAAACUGAUGAGGAAAGGAUAAGAGAAACCAUGGGAACCAGAGUGAAUGUUUCUGAUUUCAAGAACCGAGAAUGGCUUUUUCCAGAGACUACUGAUAAUUUUGACCAGUUGCUAAUCCAGUACCAUGGCUUCUGUGCACAUGCAAUUGGUGUGAAAGGCCUCACCCUCCCAGGAAAUCCUGCUAUUGGAAUUUUGAAGCACAGGGAGAAAUAUUAUGUUUUCAGUUCCCCAGAAGCUGCAUACAUCUUUGCUGAAGAUCCAGAUAAGUUCAUUCAGCUGAAUAUAGAAAAAGCAAAAGAACAUGCAGAGCUAAUUCAACUGCUUGAUCUUCGUCAUCAGUUUGAAUACCUUGCUCCGUACACACAGGCCAGAAAUACAGAAAAAUGGUUGAUGAAACCAACCACAAAAUGUGACGGUAGUACUCAAACUGAUACUCAUAUCUUGCCUCCAACUAUUGUGACGUCCUAUGAAUGGAAUGAAUGGGAACUGAGAAGAAAAGCUAUAAAAUUGGCCAAUUUGCGCCGCAAAUUAACUCAUGCCAUGCAGACUGAUCUCAGCCAUAUGAGAAGAGAGAACUCCACCCAAGUGUACUUGCCGAAAGAUGUCAGCACGCAGACUAAGCGUGACAGCUCAAGCAAUGUACCCAGACCACAGAUUUUCUUGGAAGGUCUCCGAGGAGGAUCAUCUCCUACUACUCAUAUGGUCAAAGUAGACUUAACAAGAGCAGUAGACGAAACCUAAGUGAAAAUGAGAAACCUAAAGAUAUAUAUUGAAUAUAUAUAUAAAAAUUCCUGCAUAUAUCUGAUUAAGAUACAAAAAGUUUUACUGUGUCUGUUGAUUCUAGGAGCAGUUGAUUUAUUUCAUUGUCUUUAUCCGUUGGUGCUGCUGACCAGCACUAAAUGAUAGAAUGAUAAGCCUGAAACACCCAGAUUUUAAACAGCAAUUUAGAAUCAAGAUGUUCCCAAAGACUUAAACUAACAUUUAAAUGUAUAGUGUGUGUUCUGGGGUUUUCUUGAGGUUUUAAUACAAUGAUUGCUUGCUGAAACUGUUCUUAAGAGCCAUGUCUUUGGAAAAUGUAAGACAAAUAGCUUUUACAAGAUACAGGCCCAGUGCUGUAGCUCUGACUGAGGUGUAAUUCCCAUUGGUGUGAAACAAAACCUAUCCCAAGAGCGUCGCCUGAAUGUCACAGCUCCACCUUAGAGGAGAAUCGUCAAGAAGGUAAAACCAGCAAAAUGUGAUCAGCCUGGGUCCUUGGGCGGGUCCGUUUGUGCUGCUGUAACCCCGAGCGUCUUUUCAGGGUAAUGGGCAUUACGAGCGUAGGCCAAGGCAGGGAGGUUGAUAGGAGGGAAUCCAGCUUGGGUGGCUCUGGCAGGCGUGUAAGUCUCUAGUAAUGUCUGUAUUCGUUGGCUAAACAGUGUGCUGGUCAGCAUGUGGGAAACCAUAGGAACUUGACUUUGCGGCAUCUUUCUCAAAGCUCCGUUUCACUUCUGUUUGAAACACUAAAGCACAACAGGAAAAGGCUUUUGGCUUUAUUUCAUUGUGGCAGUGAAAUAUGCACCAGGUCUGAUCACAGCAACUGCAGCUAGUAUUUCAUUUUGUGACAACCUGAAUCAUUUGAGCUUUAAGAUGAAACAUCUUCUCAAUUGGAAAUAGGGUGUACUUUAAAACAGAGAUACUUUUCAUGACAACAAAGAGCUCCACAAAUUAUUUUAAGUAUCCUCCACAAAAAUUAUUAUUAGCAAAAAGUCCAGGUGUGCAACUGUGAUUGCCAUAGAGUGUACUAAGGUUUCUAAGUCUCUUUUUUGGUCGGGUGCAGCGUAGUACAGCGUCGUUUCCCGGGUCACUGUUACACAAGCUUGUGACAAUGAAGCUUGAAGAUUCAGGUUGCUGGGUGAUUUUGCAGCGGCAUUGUGCAGGAUAGCAUUGUUUUUGUUUAACUAUCUCCAAGGUAUCUGGCUUCACUUUUUAAAGUUAAACAACUGGGACAAAUCUACAAGGCAUUAUUAAAAAAAAAAAAAAGAAGCAGAAGAGGAGCACAGAAAAAACUCAGCUAAAUGGUUUCUGCUAGGUGAUUUUUGUGAAAAAAACUUAAGCAUCAGCAGCCAGAUGUGCUGCUCCUGUUCUUCAACGAGCUGGCACUGAUUUUUAGGUUUAUUAAUAAAAACAUGAAUGCUGUUACCAGCUGCAGCUUUUUUGUUGUUGUUCAGAGAAAAUAUGCUGUUGCUUCUUCAUUAAAUACUUCUUGUGA